UCUUUAAAAACCAGAGUCUCCACGCUAACCUGAUCACUUCAGUUCCAGUAUCCUGCCCAGCAAAGGAGCAAUUAGCCAAAAUGAUGCCUGGAGGUUUAACUGAAGCCAAACCUGCCACUCCAGAAAUCCAGGAGAUUGCUAAUGAGGUUAAACCACAGCUUGAAGAACAAACAAACCAGAGUUUUGAAGAAUUUGAAGCUGUAGAAUACAAAACUCAAGUGGUUGCUGGAAUAAAUUACUACAUUAAGGUCCGAGUGGGUCACAACACUUAUAUUCACAUGAAAAUAUUCAAACCUCUUCCUCAACAAAGACAAUCUUUGACACUUACUGGUUACCAGACUGACAAAAGCAAGGAAGAUGAGCUGACGGGCUUUUAGCAGCAUGUUCCCAAAAUGGUCUGAUUCCUUCCACUGGCCACGGAUGAAGGAUGCCUGCUAAUAAAUGCACUAUCAACUAUCACUAAAGAAGCAUUCCUUUGUAUAUUUCUUCAACUAUUUGUCUAUUGUAUUAAAUAGUAAUUAAUACUUUUCUUUUUCAAAAUCAAUGUCAUUGCUUUAGAGUAGAAAUUUCAUACAAAUUGAUGUCAAUUGGAAAUCUUGUAAAAAUAAGUCAUGCCUAAUGCAGCUGGCUAAAGGAUAAUACCACCACCACCACCACCACCACCACCACCACCACCAUAGCGGCUACACCAUGAGCCAUCAGUGCCCUGUGGUUGCUGAGAAUCCGACAUUCCAUCGCCACCCUUGUAUUUUAAAUUUUAAUCAAGUAUUUUAUAAAAUAUGUUUAUAUUUUGAAACAAUCUCAAACUUACAGAUAAGUUGCAAGGAAACUUUUCUCCUGGAUAUUUGAAAAUAAGUUACCUGCAGUGAUGCCCCAUCACCAACAAAUACUUUAGUCUGCCUUUCCUACAAACAAGUAUAUUCUCCUCCAUAACUGAAAUACAAUAAUCAAAAUCAGGAAAUUAAGGGCCAGCCCGGUGGCUCAGGCGGUUGGAGCUCCAUGCUCCUAACUCCGAAGGCUGCCAGUUCGAUUCCCACAUGGGCCAGUGGGCUCUCA